CAUUCCGCGGACGGAGCCGCGACGGUUUGUGCUAAAGCGAAACAAAAAUUGAAAAUAAAUAAAACUAAAGCGUAAUUUGAAAUAAAUUGUCAAAAUGGAUAUGAAUUGGACCUAUCACGUCGGCCUGCGGUCCCCAAAUCUUACAAAUACGACCGUCAGCUUGCAAGAGAACUUCGAGAUUGAUUUGGAAGAUACAAAUUGGAUAUUAACUUCAUCCUUCAUCAUAUUCACAAUGCAAACUGGUUUCGGAAUGCUCGAGUCUGGUUGCGUCUCUAUAAAGAACGAAGCUAACAUCAUGAUGAAAAAUCUCGCUGACAUUUCUUUAGGGGGUCUGACGUAUUGGAUCUUCGGCUACGGCAUGUCAUUCGGCGAAGGUCCCUUUUCUAACCCAUUCAUCGGAGUGGGCAACUUCUUGGUAGACCCGCCAGUGGGUGACGCGCUAAUGGGACCAGUCUUUGCGUCUUUUCUAUUUCAGCUAUCGUUUGCAACAACAGCGACAACAAUUGUUAGUGGAGCAAUGGCAGAGAGGUGCAACUUCAAAGCAUACUGUCUUUUCUCGUUUUUGAACACCAUUGUCUACUGUGUACCAGCGGGCUGGGUGUGGGGUGAGCAUGGUUUCCUGAACAAGUUAGGUGCUGUGGAUAUAGCUGGCUCCGGUCCUGUUCAUCUUAUUGGUGGGUCGUCAGCCUUCGCAUCUGCAUUGAUGUUAGGACCGCGUCUUGGACGUUACGCCAGGGGAACUGACCCAUUACCCCUGGGUAAUCCUGUCAAUGUCGUAAUGGGAACUUUCGUCCUAUGGUGGGGAUGGCUGGCUUUCAAUUCUGGAAGUACCUAUGGAGUAAGCGGCGCGAAAUGGCAGUAUGCAGCGCGGGCAGCGGUCAUGACAAUGAUGGGGUCUUUCGGUGGCGGGUGCUUCGGACUCCUUUUUACAUUAAUCAAGAACAAGGGACGCGCUGAUGUUAUGGAAUUGGUUAACAGUAUCCUAGGUUCGCUGGUUGCUAUUACUGCGGGUUGCUUCUUGUACCGCGCUUGGGAGGCUGUGGUCAUCGGUAUGUUGGGUGGUGCCAUCGCGUCCGCUAGUGUUCCUCUACUUGAUAAAAUGAAAGUCGAUGAUCCGGUUGGUGCUUCAGCUGUUCACGGAGCUUGUGGACUUUGGGGAGUAAUAGCAGUUGGUCUGUUUGCUGAUAAUCCAAUACCCAUGGACACUACUAAUGGAAGAUCUGGUUUAUUUAAAGGCGGUGGAUGGUACCUCCUUGGAGUCCAGACACUCACUGGCGUGUGCCUGAUGGCGUGGGGUGCGCUUGUUACCAUGGCGCUGUUGUGGAUUAUCGACCUCGUGCUGCCCAUCAGGAUGGAUCCUUACGAGGAACUGCUGGGAGCUGAUCUCACAGAGCACAAAAUUAGACAUUCUCAAGUGGAUGUUUCUCGUGCGGUCUCAGCUCUGCGACCUUACCACCGGUCAGUGAGCAUUGAGGAAGUUGGCGGUAUUGGGGUGAACACUGGCCAUAGCCUUAUCGUGGAUAAGUUGCAAGAGAUUCAUAAGAAAAACAAAGGGAAACUCAACGGGAACUUGAAGAUUUUUACUAAUAACGGUUUCAUAGAAGAUAACGCAUCUGAACCGGGUUCGUUUAUAAAUAACGGUUUUUUAAAUAAACGUCCUGGCAACCCAGAAAAUGAUCUCCAUCGCGCGCUGGACUCUAUGGAAAAAGAAAUUAGCGGUGAGAAAUUUAAAAAUCGAACACACCCUGAAAAUUGCGUGAAAAUUAGAGUGAUACCUGAAGAACUCAAAGGAAAAAAGUUUAAGGAGUUGUCUGCGAGUGAAUUGAUUGAAUUGGGUGAAAUAAACGCUAGUGAGGGGCGAUUUAGAUAUCGAUUUACAGAAGACGAUUAUAAAGAUGAUGUCGAAAGGGGCUCAGUUACGAAUCCGAAUAUGCGAUGGAUCGAUUAAACAUCUAUCAAACUUUAAUCUCUUGGCCACUAGACAGCGCUGUAUAUACGUUUUUAAAUUUCAAAAUCCUUCAGCUUUUUAAAACUAUCUGCCUAAC